GAUGACGCUGAGCCAUAAACAUCAAUGCUGUUGCAGGAAGCAGGCAGUCCUGCUUCACCAGGAUUGAUGUCUAACGAUGAUGCGAAGACUUCGAACAACAACUGCCAAAGUUGUAGAGAACAGAGAUAUGGACUCCGACAUGUCAUUUUCGACUGUAGUGAUAAGUGAUGAGGAUAGUGAUGACUGGAAGCCACCAGAGCCAAAGCCAAAGCCAAAAGCCCCCAGCAAGACUGUCAGAUCCCCUAAGGCAGCUGGGGAGAAAAAAGUUGCUGUCAAGAGAACUGCAAAAGCCCCCAAACAACCUAAAGCUCUGGCUGCAGCAAAGAGGAAACGUAUUGAUGAAGGAAAAAAGGCUGGAGAAAAACAAACAUACUGUCCAGAAUGGGAGACCACUGAAAAAAGUGGGCCAAGUAACAGAAUGAAGGAGGAGAGGGUAUCCUUUAUUGUAUCAGAAGCCCAUCAGGCAGACAGAUGGGCAGGCGAGGGGUCGUCACAAGCUUUGCUGGUAGCAAAGAAAGAGGAACCAGAGGAGGAUUUCACGUUUGAUGAGCCAUGUCAAAAGAAACAGAGGGCCGGCAGUGCCUUCUUGGGUCAACCAUCUGCUUUAAUAUCAUCACAAGCACAAGCCCUGCAGAAUGAAUUCAAUAUGAACUGGGACUUGAUAGAGCGGCUGUCCAUUCUGACAUGUGUGAAGCAGUGGGUAUGUGUAAAUAUAAUUAAUCUACUUCGUGAGGAGAACACGGUGCCAUUCAUGGUACGCUACCGCAAAGAGAUGAUAAAUGACAUGGACGCUGAUGCUGUUCGAGACGUCCAGCUGGUAUAUGAAGAGAUCUGCUCUCUAGCCAAGAAGACCCAGUCUGUGGUUCAGACCCUGAAGAAGGAUGGGGUUUUGACAGCUGAGCUGGAGCAAAACCUGAGGAGCUGCCGAUCAGCGGAUGAACUGGAUCAUGUGUAUUCUCCCUAUAAGAAAGGCAGUAAGCUGACAAAGGCUCGCAGGGCCAAAGCACUUGGCCUUCAGGAGGCUGCUUCUACCCUCAUGGACACACCACACACUUUGGAUUUAAGGACAUGGGUAAAACCUGGUACUGAAGGUCUGUCAUCAGUGGAAGAAGUGGCUAUAGGUGUGGAGCAUAUCUUGGCUGAUAUGAUAGCCAAAGACCCAGAGACACUCACCUACGUGAAAACACUUUGUGAGGAAAGCUGUGUGACCAUCCAGUCCACAGUGUCCAAGUCGGCACUGAAGGAAAAAGAGCAGAAGUCUUACCAAACCCACAAAAAAACAGGGUCCCAUCAAAACAAAAACGACAUUGACAAGUUCCACCUCUACGUGGACUUCACCAGGAAUGUCAACCACAUCCAGCCCCAUCAGACCCUGGCUAUUAACCGAGGGGAGAGUCUGAAGAUUUUGACAGUGAAGGUGAACUUUCCAGACAAGGUGAAGAGUGACUUCACUGGGUGGUGCAUCAACAACAGGUGGAGGCCGAAGACACUUGCAGGAGAAGAGCAUCAUGCGAUCAUCAAGAAUGCAGUGGAGGACUCUUAUAAAAGGCUUAUUGUGCCUUUCCUCACAAGGAAUUACAGGAAUAAGCUGACAAGUGCAGCGGAGAAGGAGUCGAUCGCCAUGUUUGUGCGGAACCUCCGGCAGCGCCUGUUGAUUCGUCCAGUCAGGGGCUGUGUCAUCAUGGGGGUGGACCCUGGCUUUAGACAUGGCUGUAAGCUGGCAGUUCUCUCCCCCACUGGUCAGAUUGUCCAUACUGAUGUUGUGUACCUGCACAAUUCAGGCCAGCAAAGAGACGAGUACAAACUGUGCAACCUUAUAAUCAAAUACAGUUGUGAGAGGGUUGUCAUUGGUAAUGGGACAGCGUCUCGUGAGACUGAGUCCAUCUUCGCUGACCUCAUCUCAAGAGGCCGUUUUCAUCCUCUGGAUGUGUCCUACUGUAUAGCCAAUGAGGCAGGAGCGUCUAUCUACAGUGUGAGUCCUGAGGCGGUCAAAGAGAUGCCAGACAUGGACCCCAACCUGAGGAGUGCAGUGUCCAUUGGAAGACGUGUCCAAGAUCCCCUGGCUGAGCUCGUGAAGAUUGAUCCUAAACACAUUGGCAUCGGAACGUACCAGCAUGACGUGUCUGCCGCAUCGCUGAAGGCAGCACUGAAUGCUGUGGUACAGGAAUGUGUAAGCUUCGUCGGUGUGGAUAUCAACAUCUGCUCCGAGACUCUGCUGAGUCAUGUAGCGGGGCUAAAUGCUGGCAGGGCGCGGAAUAUUGUAGAGUGGAGAGAGAAGAAUGGUCCUUUCAUCAACAGGGAGCAACUCCAACUGGUCAAAGGCAUUGGGCCCAAGACCUACCAGCAGUGUGCCGGCUUCAUUAGAAUCAACCCGCAAACCCUGCACAGCUCUGAAUCCUCACCUCAGCCUGCACCAGAGAAACCAGCGGCUAAGAAGGCCAAAGGAAAGACUGGCGUCAAAAUACCAGCCUUAUUUAACCCCCUGGACCAGACCUGUAUACAUCCAGAGUACUACCAUGUGGCACAGAGGUUUCUGUCCCUCGUGGAUGGGAGUGUCGACCAGAUCGGGAGUGCAUGUCUGCAACAGUGUGUGGAGAACAUGGUUCAGACCAGCGAUGUCGAGGCAGUGGCCAAGAAAGUGGACACCACACCUGAGACGCUCAAACUCAUCAUCGAUGGCCUCACACAGCCCCCCGGGUUUGACAUAAGACAAAAUUUUCAGCAGCUGGACUUUAAGCGGGGCAUUGUGUCCAUGAGGGACCUGCGGGUGGGUGAGAAGCUGACGGGCUGGGUGGACAACACAACUCUGUUCGGGGCUUUUGUAGAUAUCGGUGUUGGCCGAUCGGGCCUCAUCCACAAGAGCAACAUCACCCUGGACAAACUGCCUGUCAGCCAGCGCCGCCGCAGCCUGGCGCUGGGACCUGGGGAACGGGUGGAGGUCCGGGUCCUGGAUGUGGACCUUCAGAGGGGACGCAUCGGACUGGACCUCAUCAGGGUCCUGAAAUGAAGUCACUGUGAGGAUGGGGAUGCUGAGGAGGUUGAGAUGCUGUGUAAAUAAAUGUAGUAGUACUACAUGUAAAUAAUGUAGUGUGUUCAUUGGUGUGAAAAGGAUGGGUAACAUGCAUAGGACAACUCUCUGCUUGCUGUUUUUGGUGUGUUUGCAAAAAAUAAUCUUAAUCUUAAUUCAGAAUUCAGUGAAUAUUAGUUUAGAAUAUUAGCAAUUUAAACUUAAAAAUAUUGUCUUCCUUCAGUUUUCUAUUGAAUAUUUAAAAAAAACUAUCACAGUCUGUUUUAUUUACAUUGUCUGAAAUGUAAAUAAAACAGACUGUGAUGGGACAAACCAACUGCAGGACUCUACAUGUAAUCUUUCACAGAUUUCUAACUGUUAAAAGAAUGGCUUCAUCUGCAGAUGAGGUUUUGACUUUAAAAAACGUUUCCUGUAUACCUACUGAUGUAGGUAUAGAGUGAUGCAUAAUAUGAACUCACAUUGGAGAGGAUGGGCAUGGAUGAGAAAGGAAAAGAGGGAGGAUGGGAGAAAAUGAAG